UUGGAAUUACAUAUUUCUAGAAUUCUUCUCGUGUUGCUUGUUUUGCAUUUAGCAUUUUGUUUUGGAUAAAUAUCGAUUGUGCUGGUGGGUCUGAAGCGCAGUCACACACGCGUACAUGUGGCGUGCAGAUGGGAUGAAGAAGCAUUGAGCAGCCUGCAGGGUUUACAAGCGACAGCUUAAAGGGAGACAGAUUUAAGGAUUUGCACUGUCAGGUGCCCGAGAAGGACUCGAGGAUUCCUCGCACUCCUUCAUCCAGGCGCUCACGACCGCUGGUCCCGGGACCCGGUGCGGCGCCUCUGGGGAGAGUCUCAUCCUCGCCCCACCUUUCCAGCAGAGGAUUGUUCAACGCCCAGUCCCAGCCCACGGAAUCAAUAAAAGGGCAGGUGAGCCCCACCGGGAGUAGUCUCUCUCUCCGCACCAGGCGGUCAGCAUGAGUGGCCAGAGUUGUUGGGGCUACGGAGAUGAUAACGGUCCCUUGAACUGGCACAAGCAGUUCCCAUUUGCCCAGGGAGACCGCCAGUCACCUAUCGACAUUGUUCCCGCUGAGGCCGUCUACAAUGCCGAACUGGAGCCCAUCUCCAUAUCCUACAGUGGCUGCUCCUCAAUGUCCAUCUGCAACAACGGGCACUCGGUUGUAGUGGAGUUCGAGGAUUGCAAGGAUAAGACUGUGGUCAGUGGAGGUCCCUUGGAGCAGCCCUACAGACUGAAGCAGUUCCAUUUCCACUGGGGACAGAAGGACAAACGAGGAUCAGAGCACACCGUCAACGGCAAGUCCUACCCCGGAGAGCUUCACCUGGUUCAUUGGAACUCGACCAAGUACAAAACCUUUGGAGAGGCAGUGGUGGAGGCAGACGGUCUGGCAGUGGUUGCUGUGUUCCUGGAGACCGGUGACCGACACGCCCAGCUGCACAGAUUAACGGAUGCCCUGUACAUGGUGAAAUUCAAGGAAACGCAGGCCCAGUUUAAGGACUUUGACCCACAGUGUCUGCUGCCCAAAUGUAGGGAUUACUGGACAUAUGAGGGAUCCCUCACCACACCUCCACUCCACGAGAGUGUGACCUGGAUUGUCUUCAGGGAGCCCAUUGCAGUGUCUGAGAAGCAGAUGGAUAAGUUCCGGAUGCUCCUGUUCUCGGGAGAGGAAGAGUCGGAGAAGUUACGGAUGGUGGACAACUACCGACCCCCACAGCCCCUCAAAGGGAGGAGAGUCUUCGCCUCUUUCCAGUCGUAACCCAAUCUUCUCACCAGCCCCUGGUGAAAACCCACCAACCAACCCACCCACCUUUGGGGCAAAGGACCAAGUCACAAGACCUGGAAGGGAAAUUGGUCUGUAGCUCAUCUUUCCCACCCCUCGUUAUGUUGGACCACCUCCCACUCAUUGGUGUUGGGCGGGUGUGGUACCAGAUUAGUCUCACCCUGGCUUCCACCUCUCUAAAUGGUGUCUGGGGCUGUUAGAGAGAUCUCACCCCUUGUCCAUAGCUGGUGUUCACGUGUGAAUCUGCACUUGAAGCAGUUUUGCACGUGAAACCAGCACAAAGUUGGGGAUCUGUUUGUGAGUUCCACCUUCAGUCUGGUUGUCCCUCUCUCUCCCUCCUUCCCCCUCCUUUCUCUCCCUGCCCCCCUUCCCAACCAGAGUAACCAAGAUCUUCAGAAUGAGGAAUCAUCUUUGCCACCUACCAGCAUUGCCCUGUGUUCAACAGACAUUCAACCCAUUCUAGUUUAAUGAUGGGACAGUAGGGAGUGGGAUGGGGUCCAGUCGCAGGCACUGGCAGCUGGAGGCAGUGUGUAAAUCCAGGGCUGAUCCAGAGGGGUUACUUCACGUAGGCUUGGUGGAGAUUGGCUUCAGUGAAUCCCAGCAAUGAUGACAAGUUAUUGAACUCGUUUAUAAUGGGCUAAUUGUCCUGGGAAUGAGAGUAUGCCCUGCUUCAUGGAGGAGCUGGGUUUCAAAUUCAUAGAAAGUCUAAGACACCUGACAUUCAAUGGUAUCACCAUCACUGAAUCCCCCUCUAUCAAUAUCCUGGGGCUUCCUAUUGACCAGAAACUGAACUGGAGUCGUCACAUACACAGUGUGACUACAAGAGCAGGUCAGAGGCUGGGCAUCCUGUGGUGAGUAACUCACCUCCUGACUCCCCAAAGCCUGUCCACCAUCUACAAGGUCAAGUCAGGAGUGUGAUGGGACACUCCCCACUUCCCUGGGUGAGGGCAGCCUCAACCACACUCAAGAAGCUCGACACCAUACAGGACAUAGUAGCCAGCUUGAUAGACACCCCAUCCACACUCAUUCACUCACUCCACCACCGACACACAGUAGCAGCAGUUUGUACCGUCUACAGGAGGCACUGCAGCAACUCACCAAGACUCCUCAGACAGCACCUUCCAAACCCACCACCUCUACCAGCUGGAAGGACAAGGGCAGAAAAAGCACAGGGAACACCACCCCCUGGGAGUUGCCCUCCGAGCCCCACACCAUCCUGACUUGGAAACAUAUCGCCGUUCCUUCACCGUCGCUGGGACAAACCCUGGAGCUCCCUCCCUGACAGCACUGUGGGUGUACCCACGCCUCAGGGACUGUAGCGGUUCAAGAAAUGUUGGCUUGGCCUUUGAAGCCCACAGCCCUUGAAUGAAUAAUAAUGUAUAAGCUGGGGUUAGUUAGCAGUGGCUGUGAACUUUGGUGACCAGUUGGAGUUUAUGAUAAUUUCCCUCACCCGCAGAAGGUGUGUAGUACCUAGCCAACGUUCCAUCGCCACUGGGCACUUCUCUCCAACAACAGGAAGAAAUCUGCCGUCUAUUGUUGGACAAUGCUUCAAUCUUAAGAUAUCUUUAUUAGUCACAUACAUCAAAACACACAGUGAAAUGCAUCUUUUUGUGUAGCAUGUCCUGGCAGCAGCCCGCAAGUGUCGCCACGCUUCCGGCGCCAACAUAGCGUGCCCACAACUUCCUAACCUGUAUGUCUUUGGAAUGUGGGAGGAAACCGGAGCACCCGGAGGAAACCCACACAGGCACGGGGAGAACGUACAAACACCUUGUAGACAGCGGCCAGAAUUGAAAGCUCAACACCAUCCAGGACAAAGCAGUCCACUCAAUCUACUCCCCAUCCCUCCACCACCGGCGCACAGUGGCUGCAGUGUGUACCGUCUACACAAUGCACCACAGUUACUCACCCAGGCUACUCCGACAGCACCUCCCAAACCCACCACCUCUGCCACCGACAAGGAUGAGGGCAGUGGGUGCGGGGGAACGUCACCACCUGCAGGUUCCCCUUCAGGCCACACACCAUCCCACCGUGGAAAUGUUUCACUUUUCCUUCAUUAUAGCUGGGUGUAAAUCCUGUAGCUCCCUCCCCAACAGCACCUUCACCGGAAGGACGGCAGUGUUCAAGAAGGCAGCUCACCCUCACCUUCCCAAGGGCAGAUGGGGAUGAGCUGGCCGUGCCAGUAAUGCCCCCAUACCCAAAAUGGCAAAAAGGAAGAGGAGAUGGUGUGGGGGCCAUGACACUGUAGAGGGAGUCUCACCCUGAACCUUUGCAUUAGUGCAGCUUUUGAUCUGUGGCCCAAGUUCUUUAAUUAACUUGGGUUUACAGUGGAUAGCAGUUAUACUAUGGGCUGUGAGAGACUAGGGUUCUGGACUGGCCACAUGCUGCCUGAUGAAGUUAUAUGUUUGGCUGUGUGUUGACAAUGCGUGACCAUUGUAUAUUGACUGGAUCCCAUUGUCCGGGUGAAAGAAGACCUGCGGAGACACCAGAGACUGCAGGUGCUGCAAUCUGGAGCAACACACAAUCUGCUGGAGGAACUCAGCGGGUCGAGCAGCAUCUGUGGGGUUGGGGGGAAGAGGAAGUGUUGACGUUUCAGGUUGAGACCCAGCAUCUGGCCUGAGAGGGGAGGGGUGAGGCAGGAGCCUGAGGUGAUUGAUGGACUGAGGAGGGGUGUAA